AGCCCCAGGCUCCGCUCUGCUCCCCUCGAUGGCCCACCGCUCCCCGCAAAAUCUAAGGACCGCCCUCACCGCAGCCACCCUCUGCUCUUUCGCCUGGUUCCGCUUCUCUCGUCCCUCCCGCCCUCGCCUCCAUUCCCCGCUGUCAUACUGAGGAGCAGGCACAGAGGGAAGGAAGGACUGUGAGGCCUGUAACGCUUCAAGCGGCGGCGGCGGCGGCGGCUCGCUCCCUCCCUCCCCCUCCACCGCUCCAGUUUCUGGAGGCAGAUCUGGGGGAGGCGCUUCGUGCUACGCGCUGCUUCGGUUCUUCGUCGGAGCGGGAGAGUUGCAGGCUGUCCUUUCUCACCCUCCGCCGUUUUCAGACAGCAAAAGGGGGAGAAAGCACGACCUCCUCUUCAUGUGGGCGUUUGUUCCGUCUCUCCCCUUCUAAUCAGGUCAUAGCAAAACUUCUGACGGUUUGGAGUAGAGAAGUUAACACAGAGGACUAUAGCACUGUAAUUACCACUUAUUGAAGGUGUCAAUAUGUACCAUUCCAUUCCUGGAACUAGCCAUCCUUUACAAACUGAAGAACAGGAAAUAGGCAUUGAUCCAUUACAAAGUUAUGUGAAUAGACCUGAUGAAGAUAUGUCAAAUGAGAAUGGAAAAAUGCACCAUACUUCAGAUUCUGAUGGAACAUUUCUUUCAUAUAGUAAAGAAUGGCAAGAAUUAUUUGUAAACAACAAUUACUUGGCAACAAUACGGCUGAAGGGGAUUAAUGGGCAGCUGAAAAGCAGCAGGUUCCGUAGUGUUUGCUGGAAGCUGUUUCUGAAUGUUCUACCCUCUGAUAGUAAUCAAUGGCUCAAUAAAACAACAAAAUUAAGAACAUCAUAUAACAAGAUUAAAGAAAUACACAUUACAAAUCCUCGGAAAGCUGGACAUCAAGACGUGAUGAUCAACAACCCACUCUCACAGGAUGAAGGGAGCCUUUGGAACAAAUUUUUUCAGGACAAGGAACUUCGAAGUAUGAUUGAACAAGAUGUGACAAGAACGUUUCCUGAAAUGCAGUAUUUCCAAGAAGAGAAUGUGAGAAAGAUUCUUACAGAUGUUCUAUUCUGUUAUGCUCGGGAAAAUGAGCAACUGCUUUAUAAACAGGGCAUGCAUGAACUAUUAGCACCCAUUGUAUUUAUUCUGCACUGUGACCACCAAGCUUUUCUGCAUGCAAGUGAAGCUGCACAACCAAGUGAAGAAAUGAAAGUUCUUUUGGACCCUGGAUAUCUGGAACAUGAUGCCUAUGCAAUGUUCACCCAUCUUAUGAAAACAGCAGAACACUGGUUUUCAACAUAUGAGCACGACAGUCAAAAGGAUAAAGAUGCAAUGAUGACCCCCACUCCAUUUGCAAGACCCCAGGAUUUAGGCCCAUCAAUUGCUAUUGUAACAAAAGUAAACCAGAUUCAAGAUCAUUUGCUAAAGAAACAUGAUAUUGAGCUUUACAUGCAUUUGAACAGGCUAGAGAUUGCGCCACAGAUUUAUGGACUGCGAUGGGUAAGGCUUCUGUUUGGAAGAGAGUUUUCCCUCCAGGAUCUUCUUGUGAUUUGGGAUGCUUUAUUUGCUGACAGCAUCACCCUUGAUUUAGUUGACUACAUUUUCUUAGCCAUGUUACUAUAUAUCAGAGAUGCAUUGAUAUCAAGUAAUUAUCAAACUUGCUUGGGACUUCUUAUGCAUUAUCCACCUAUUGAAGAUGUCCAUUCAUUGAUAUUAAGAGCUCUUUUUCUCAGAGAUCCAAAGAGUAAUCCAAGACCUGUAACUUACCAGUUCCAGCAAAAUCUGGAUUACUACAAAGCACGUGGAGCUGACUUGAUGAAUAAAACUCGUGUCAGUGCCAAGGUUGCUCCACUGAACAUAAAUAAAGUUUCCAGUAGCUUGUUAAACUUUGGCCGAAAGCUGAUUUCCCCAGCUAUAACCUCAAGUGGUGCUGCUGCUGGACCAGCAGUAGGUAGCUGCGGCACUUCUCCUUAUGCUACAGCAACUGUUAGGAACACCGUGGAGCUCCCACAGCAGCAACAAAGGAUGAUGAAAUCUGAAAGUGUGCCGGUUCAGUUAAGCAAAGGAGAAGUAGUUACAUGCAGUGAUGCUCAAGUGUCCGUUCCUGCCCAGAAUAUAAGUACCCUCCAAGGGACAGUUCCUACCGUAACUCAUGGGCAGAGUUCAAAAAACGUCAGCUCUUCUCCAAGCAUUGAAAGUUUGUCUGGAGGACGUGAAUACACAGGGUCUCCACCUUUGUCUACUGCCAAGAAAGAGUCCUUUUUCAUUAAUUUUUCUCAUUCUCGUUCUCACAGCAGAAGUAUGAGCAAAAAAGAAUCUGAAGAAGAACUGGAGGCUCAGAUUUCAUUUCUCCAAGGACAACUGAAUGAGUUGGAGGCCAUGUGCAGAUACUGUGCAAAAAUGAUGAAUACACAUCUGGGAAAUAUUCAAGAAGUUAUCCUGCAGGAACACUUGGAGAAAGAAGAUGAAAUUCUGGUUUCUUUGGCUGGGUUGAAGCAGAUCAAGGACAUUCUGAAAGGUUCCCUGCGUUUCAAUCAGAGUCAGCUGGAGGCAGAAGAGAACGAACAGAUCACAAUAGAAGAUGAUCACUACUGUUCCAACAAUCGAAGCAAGAAUGCAAGUGAAACCAUGGAAGAUCCUUCAGACACAAAGCAACUUAUCCCUCCCAAGAAGCAGGCUGCUGCUGACGCAGACGGAAGCUCUGGCAACAGGAACACCGAGGGCUAUAUCCUGGUUUCCAAAGAGGAUGAAGGAAGCCUUUGCAUUGCCGCUCGGGAUGCGCAGACUGUGCACACCUGCAAGGAUGCACCGAGCCAUUCAUCCUUAGCCUUUUCCGAUCCACUGAUGGGCUCCAGAUCCGCCUCUUCUAGUAACCUCAGUUCCAGCCCCGAUGAUGACAGCAGCAGCAAUAGCAAGGAUUCUGACUUUACCAUUGUCAGCCCUUUGGAAAUUUAGAUCUCCCUGUGUGUUCAGCUGUGGCACAUAGGCAUGUGCAUCUGACACUCCACGGGCCUGGGAGACUCAUGGUUCUCGACAGCAAAACAUUUAGUCAGAGCACCGGCAUGGUAAUGGCAAUCUCUUUAAGCAAAAAUUAAACCGUGUGUAAUGAUUGCCUUGAACACAUGUACAUGUUAAUAGCAAGAUCUACUGUAUGACUAAAGGUACUCAUAGGUUCACUUUGUUAGCCUCUUCUUGGAAUAUUGAAGUAGUAAUUUAUAGUCCCACAUCAUGUAGAAUCGAUGCUACACUUAAUCUCACAUGUUCAGCUGAGCAUCCUGCACAAAUGUGAGGAACGCAAAUGAAAUUGGCAAUCAUUUUCUGUUCCCAGCAGAAAAAAUAGGGCACUCCUAAAAUGCAACUGUUAGAAAAAGCAAUGUGCAAGAUUCAUAGUAUCAACAUGAUUGCCUAGCAGGUGCGAAGACAAUGACUGCCCUGCUGAACCAUUUCCCUGGGAAAACCCUCAAUUCUGCUGCAUUGGCAUAUGACAGAAAACCACUAACUGCUAUUCAUGCCAGGCAAAAUUAGAGCAUUCUAGUAAGGUAAUAUAAAUCAAGUGCAAAUCUGAUGCUUUGAAAACCUCCACUUCAGUCUCCAUUAAAUAUAAAUGUGUUUCCUAUUGCAGCUGGCUCGGACAAGUGUUCUUGUAUGGUGUUGUCUGGCAUGUAGUUUCAUAACUGUUUGAGGAUCUCUGCAAUCCCCUCAGGCCAAGAAAUAGCAUUCAUUGAGUGUCAUAAUACUGUAAUAUUCAUUAACCAUGUAAAAACUAUUCCCAGAUAUUUUUAAUACAUGUUAUCCACUUCACCAUGCUAUUCCCACCAAAGUCAAUGCGAUUUCUAGUGCUUUUAAUCCCAGUGAAGUCAUGUUUCACUGAAGACCCUAUUUCCCUGACAAUAUUAGAGUAAGCUAAAAAUAUUUCUAGAAGCAGCUUAUUUGCGUACCAUGAUGAGGAAAAACAAAGAUGAAUUUAACUGCCAGUAUCCAAGAUAAAUGCACAGUAAAUAAUCUUUCAGCCAUGAAAUGUUUAACACAUUAAGAAAGACUUUUCCACUAGGAAUGUUGCACAUCGUUAUUUCUUAGGACCCUUGCUGGUAACAUCAACAACACCCACAACAGCAACAAAUGGUUAUUCCCCUAUGCCUGUCUCCUCCCACCCUGGCAACUAUUCUGUAGAAAGAUGCUGGUGAAAGAUAUUUUCAAAGGAUUAUUUUAAAAUAAAACACUGUGCUUAUGCACUUAAUUUUUCCAAAACAGACCCAGUAUAACUAAAACCAUGUAAUGCAGCUGCUUGGUUAGUGCUGGGGUAUGAAAAUUAUGAAGGAUGAUUAAAACCCAUCCAUCUGCAGUCUGAGCCAUACUAGGUCAGAUCAUAACCUGACUGGACCAGAGUGCAUCCAGGAAUCUGGGGACAUAACAUAGAACUCUCCUUUAAAUAUGGCUCCAAGUACUUCAUGGACCACAUGUGUUGGCAACUGAGGGGUUGUGGGCAAUCAAGAAACCUCCAUUGUACUUUGCCCUGAACUGAGUAAAAAUUUAUUGGGUACGUUCGCUCUCCCAGAGUUCACUUUUGCUGCUUUUUAUUCAUGAAUGUCUUGAACUGCAGAAGACCAAAAUAGCUAUCAUAUUGUGGCAGGUUCACAUUGGCCUAUUGCUCUGAAGUAAUCCUUCAUGGGAAGAUGCCCCCUGUGCCUUGUAAAAGUGGAAGCGUUAGGAACAGAAUGUAAAGCGCUUAACAAUAUAAACAUAAACAGUGUUAAGGGUAAAGUCACUUGGCCAUUGAUUUGAAAGAAAGUCUUAGAACAGUUUGCAAAUAAGUGAGGCAGCUCUGCCAGUUUAAACCUAGCACACCUUCUCAUUUAAACUUUCACAGCAAACCCCCUCAGCAUUCAGUCUUAUGCUCUGUGUGCAGGGUUAUUUGUAAGGACACCGAGAAAGAAUUACAGGGCUGGUGAUUAACUCUGAUCCUAUAAAUAUGGCAUGCCUUACUCCUUUCUGCCUAGAUUUGUCGCUGUUGUGACACAAGAAAAAGUGCCAUUUGAAGCAAAUCCCUAUUUCAAAAUGGAAAACCAAGCAAGAGAGAAAAUCAGAAGAGGGUAGAUCAUCUUUUACCACUGAGGGGAGAAAAGCUCGAGUGUUUUGUAUUUUUUUAUUAUCAACUUUGUUGUCGGCUGAUUUCAGGGAUCAUAUUGUUUUUCUUGUUAGAGUAGCCUUACUGCCAUGGAACAAAGUGAUUUUGAGGUAAAAUUAUUUUUUAUUUUUUAAUUUUAAAUCUUACUGGUUUGAGGGAGGGUUUUUUACACAUUUGCUUUAAUUCGUAUAUCUUUACUUCCUGGUUGCCUGUAAUUAUCUAUGAUUUCAGAGGAUAAAUAGUGCUUUACUGAUGGAGAAAGACGAAACCUGAGCAAUUCCAUUAGAGGAGUUAAAUCUGAUAAUACCAUGUCCCAGUGUAUCUCAAUGAUAUAUCCAAGUCUUAUUUUGAUAAAGCUGGAAGUGUUUGGUUUUGUAUACACAUCAGUCCAAAAAGAUUAGGCCAUAAUAGCCACAUACUGCCUUACAUUAGGUUUACUAGAGGGUACUUCCUAUUUUAAAGUGCCAGUUUAUUCUCUCUUUUGAAGAUAACCGGCUCAGAUUGUCCAAGGAUAAUGCUCAUCUGAUAGAAAAUAAUAUGAAGUAUAAAUGGCUGAUUUGUACUAAUGUGUGGGACUCUAAAACAUUUUUCAACCUGUUAGAGACUCAUCUGAUGUUCUCACAUCCUUACCAUAUAACUAUUUAAAGUCUUUUGCAUGUAAUGUCAAUCACGUUACUGCAGAAUGGUGAUAACCUAUAGUAACUGGAUGUUCAGUUUUUGCUGUGGAAAUUUGUAUCAUUCCUCUAUAAGAAUGUCUGGCAAACUUUAUUAAAGAAAUACCCAACAUGCA